UGUUAUUGAGCCCCACCCUUCUUUGCAAAACUUUAGCUCAAUGGCUUCUCCUGGACCAGCAGGCAAUACAAAUCAACUGCAAAUUACUGAUCUUGCUGAGCUACUUCAAUUACUCAGUAGACAUGGUUACUCAGGAGCCAGUUACUAUAAUCUUGGUCUGUUUCUUGGUCUAUCCACUGCUACACUGGACGUUAUUAAAGAGAAUAAUAAAGGAGAUGUUGUGAGCUGUCUACGUGAAUGUCUUACUAAAUGGCUACAGAAAGCUGAUGAUGUGCAGAAGAAAGGUGGUCCUACUAUCUAUUCAUUGGUAUCAGCAUUGAGGGAAUUAGGAGAGAAUGGAGUAGCUGAUGGAAUAGAUAUGGAGAAGCAUCCUGCUUGUAGAAUUCUUGCUUGUUAUACCUCAAACCAAUCUCUACUGUCUGCAUUACCUCAGCUGACUGAAUUGUUGUGUUCAGAGAAGCUAAUAAAAGAGGUGAUGCUGAUUGCUACUGUAGAAGGAAAAGAUCUACUGAUUCAAAUAAAGGAAACUGUUUGCAAUGACUACAGAAAGCUUGAGACAUUUGCUGAGAUUUUGCGUGAAGUAACAACCACUGUUGGAAUAGGAAAUGCCAUUAAGAAAGAUUACAGAGAGCUAUAUUGUAGUAAUGAUUUACCAGAAAUGGAUGAAAGUAGUGCUAAAUAUCCAAAAUUUUAUCUUCCACUGAAAAUGGCAACAAAAUUUAUGUCAAUGAGAGUAAAAUUUAGCAAUACGUUCAAAAAAGUGGGAGUAAUCAUUAAAGAAAAGCCUAUUCCAACAUUUGAAGAUGUUAGAAGUACAUUAAGGUUUUUUUGUAGGCCCUUACGACCUCAGCUAGCUGUGUGUCAAGAUAUAGAUGAUAUCUUAGAAUUAAUUAGUGAUAAUAGUUCACUUAUUGAUAUUAGUUUACUGGAGAGUUUAGUUGAUGAGCUUAAUAUAGAUGAAGCUAAGGAAGUUCUUCUAGAAUAUAAUGAUAAAGCUGCUAAGGAGCUUAAUAAAAAAGAUCUUACACAAUGUCUGGGAGAAAUAUUUUCAAGCAUCUCACUACUUCAGUGUGAAACGAUUACAAUUCUUGUUGACAAAAGUCAUGCCAAAUUUAUACUUGAUGAUGUCAGAAUAUGUCUAAAAAAUUUGUUUGAAAAUUCAUCACCUCUUGUCAGGCUAAAUGUGAUUAAAGAAGAUAAUUCUUUCACCAUCACUUGUUCCUUUCCUUUGACUAUAUUUAAGCAGUUAAUUAGAGCUGCUCUUAAUAAUAUUGAUGUAUUGAAAGAAAACAAAGUGAAGAGAUUAACCAUUGGAUACUGCACUGUGUAUGAGGUAAAGGACACCUCCACUGCUACUACAACAGAAAUAGAUGAAUACAUCUCAUCAUUAUCAACUAGUAGUGGUUUAAUGAAACAAUUGAUGCUGUCAUUGAGUGUACAACUGAUUAAUAGUAAAGAGGAGGUUAAUACUUUAACUGAGAAAAAUAUGGAAAUUAAGAAAGAAGUAGAAUCAAUGAAGAAAGAGGCAGAGUCUUCAAAAAAAGAAGUCAAGUCAUUGAAGGAAACACUGGAUACUAAAAACAAGAUGCUGACUGCCAUCAUAGAACCUCGAAUUGGCAAAAAGAUUGACUUGAUGACACGUCAAGAUAGAGGUUAUAAUGAAGCAACACUGGAUAAAAAUUAUGGUCAGUUGACUAUUGCAGACCUUGCUUAUAUAGAUAACCUACUGCAUAUGACACGACAUGAUUUUACUACAGCUAAUGUUUACAAACUUGGCCUUCAAUUGGGUCUAUCAGCUGAUACACUGGAUUUUAUUCACAGAAAGUGGAAUAAAGAUGCUACUCAUUGUCUGCGGGAAUGUCUCAAGGAAUGGUUGAAGCAAGCUGAUGAUGUGAGAAGUAAAGGUGGAGCUACUAUUCCUGCACUAAUUAAAGCACUGAGAAAAAUUGGGGAGACUGCUAUAGCUGAUGGUAUAUGUAAUGAGUGUCAUCCUGCUUGUUGUAUCUUUAAGCGACAUAUAUCUGAUCAGUCAAUGUCAGAUACAAUACUACAGCUUGCUCUAAAUCAUGUAGAGAGAGAGCUAGGUAUUAUGGAUCCUCUAACUGGAGGUGCAAAAGUGCAGUUAUCAUUAAUUCAGGAUUUUGUGUGUACUCAUUAUCAAAACCUUGAUAAGUUUGCUACUGUUUUACAACAGUUUCCUUCUACUGAAGCAAUUGGAGCUAUUAUUAGGAAAAAGUACAGUAAGCAACAAUCAGUCUAA